AUGUAUCACCUGACUGGAACAAACCUGAAGUUAUCUACACCAGCACCUCCUGACCCUCGGGCAGAGCAGGCUCACCCCUUCACACCCUGGGCAGAGCAUGCUCACCCCUUCACCCCCUGGGCAGAGCAGGCUCACUCCUUCACCCCCUGGGCAGAGCAGGCUCACUCCUUCACCCCCUGGGCAGAGCAGGCUCACUCCUUCACCCCCUGGGCAGAGCAGGCUCACUCCUUCACCCCCUGGGCAGAGCAGGCUCACACCUUCACCCCCUGGGCAGAGCAGGCCCACCCCUUCACCCCCUGGGCAGAGCAGGCCCACCCAUUCACACACUGGGCAGAGCAGGCCCACCCCUUCACCCCCUGGGCAGAGCAGGCCCACCCCUUCACCCCCUGGGCAGAGCAGACUCACCCCUUCACCCCCUGGGCAGAGCAGGCCCACCCCUUCACCCCCUGGGCAGAGCAGGCUCACUCCUUCACCCCCUGGGCAGAGCAGGCUCACCCCUUCACCCCCUGGGCAGAGCAGGCUCACCCCUUCACCCCCUGGGAAGAGCAGGCCCACCCCUUCACCCCCUGGGCAGAGCAGGCUCACCCCUUCACCCCCUGGGAAGAGCAGGCCCACCCCUUCACCCCCUGGGCAGAGCAGGCUCACCCCUUCACCCCCUGGGCAGAGCAGGCUCACCCCUUCACACCCUGGGCAGAGCAGGCUCACCCCUUCACCACCUGGGCAGAGCAGACUCACCCCUUCACCCCCUGGGCAGAGCAGGCCCACCCCUUCACCCCCUGGGCAGAGCAGGCUCACUCCUUCACCCCCUGGGCAGAGCAGGCUCACCCCUUCACCCCCUGGGCAGAGCAGGCUCACUCCUUCACCCCCUGGGCAGAGCAGGCCCACCCCUUCACCCCCUGGGCAGAGCAGGCUCACUCCUUCACCCCCUGGGCAGAGCAGGCCCACCCCUUCACCCCCUGGGCAGAGCAGGCUCAAUCCUUCACCCCCUGGGCAGAGCAGGCUCACUCCUUCACCCCCUGGGCAGAGCAGGCUCACACCUUCACCCCCUGGGCAGAGCAGGCCCACCCCUUCACCCCCUGGGCAGAGCAGGCUCAAUCCUUCACCCCCUGGGCAGAGCAGGCUCACUCCUUCACCCCCUGGGCAGAGCAGGCUCACUCCUUCACCCCCUGGGCAGAGCAGGCUCACCCCUUCACCCCCUGGGCAGAGCAGGCUCACUCCUUCACCAGGUGUGUGGCUUAA